CGUAAAAGUCAAGUACAAACUUAAACGUAUUUUUAUACCUUUUUUUUUACAAAAAAAAACAUACAUCCCCAGUGCACAUGAAAAUAAAAUAAUUCAAAAUUUCACAAAAUAUGAUAAAAGCGAAUAAUUCAUUUGAACAAUGUCAACGACAAAUUUAGAAAAUUUCAAUUCUGUUUCCUGUAAAGGAGAAAGUGACACUUUUCAUUCUGACAAUGUAAAAAAUAAAAGUUAUUUAAAGAAACCAAUUCCAAUUUCUGCACGUCAGAAAAUUAAUAGUAAAUCAACAAUCGGAACAUGUUCAGCAUCAAAAGCAGAAUUACCGGAAAAUGAAAAUUUAGUACAACGUUCAAAUUCAAAAAAUCGUGCACGAUCUUCGUCAAUUGCAAGAAUUACAAAGGCAUCGAAUAAUUCGCAGAAACGAAUAAUUGAAAAUCAAUAUUUAACGAAGAAAAAUCGUUACAAUGUCGUGCGAAGAGAAAUGGAAAAUAAGCACAAAGUUGCUAUUGAAAUGUAUAAUGAAGUAUUACAAUUACGUGAAAAAGUAAUUGCAUUGGGUGCAAAAGAUCCCGGUAAACCGGAUGAAAUUGGUUUAAUACAAUGCACAUCAGAAAAAGAAAAACGUUUCGAUUCACAAAUACCAAUUCAAAUUGAAUCAACAAUUAUCAAUAAUAUUCCUGAAUGUGAUAUUAAUAAUGAAUUUAUGGAAAAUAUUGAAUUAAAUUUACAAUCAAUUCCAAAUAGUUUAACGGAAUUUUGUAAAAAAGUUUUAAACGAUCGAAUGGAAAUUGUCACAUGGGUUAUGGAAUACGAUCAUCAAGAUUGUGAAAAUGAUUUUGCAUUAAAUGAAAAAAUUGAAAUAUUUCGCAACGAGGAUAAUGAAUUAAUUGAAAAAUUAGAGAACACAAAGAGGGAACAAUUUGAAUUGAUUGAAAAUUUAACGAAAAAAUUUGAAUCACUUUGGAUUGAAUGUCAGAGUUAUAGGGAGAAUUUUAAAAAUUCCAAAAAUAAUGAACAAAAUUUCAUUGAAGUGGAGAAAUUAAAAAAUUUACUCAAUAGUGAAAUGGAAAAAUCACAAAAACUUAAGGAGGGAAAAAGUCAUGUUGAAAGUCAAAUGACAAAAUUGAGAAGUAAAUUGAGAGAUUUUGAAAUACAAGUAAAUAAUGGUGAGGGAAAAAUUAAUCAAUUACAAAAUUCUGUUGAACAAUUGAAAUCACAAUUAAAGCAAAAGGAAAUAUUUUUGGAACAACAAACAAAGGAUGUGCAAAAAAGUGCAAGAAGCAAUAAGAGUGCUAUCAAUAAAUUGGAGAGUCAAAAGGAAAAUCUCGAAUCACGUCUUGCCAGUUUGACGGAGGAGUUGUCGAAAAAGACUAAUUCUUUUGAAGCCGCUCAAAAGACAAUGAAUCAACUCGAAGAGAGAAUAAAAGAACUUGACCGAGAAAAACAAUUGAGAUUGCAAUUAGAGGCUAAAUUAGUAGAAUUAAAAGAAUACAGUGCAAAUUUGGAAAAUGAAAAUAAAGAACUGACGUUAAAAGCGGAAUCAUUGGCCAUUGAAGAAUUAAAUGAAACAAAAUUAUGCAAUGAAUUGGAAGAUGCAAAAUCGACAAUUUUAAAGCAAGAGGAAAGAAUCGAUCAGCUACAUAGAGAAAGAGUAGAUUUAAUAGCCGCCAUGAAUCGAGUAUCUGAACAGGAAGUAAUUGAAGAGAAACAAAAUCAAUUAAUCUCAGAUUUAUUGAGGACAACGAAUGAAUUGAAAAAUUUUAAAGAAGAAAAUGUUCAAUUGAAAAAGAAUCUUAAAACUGCUGUGACCAAGGGAGAAAUGGUUCAGAAACAAUUACUUGAAUUACAUUCUCGUCUGCAAAAUCAAUGUAAAGAAAAUGGAAAAGCCGAUUGGAGUGCAUUUAUAAUUGAUUUACAACAACAGAAUUCGGAUUUAAAAUGCACUCUUACUGAUUUUGCAAAGAAAAAUAAAAAACUCGAAGCUGAAUUAUCCCAAAAACAAAUUGAACUCGAGUGCAUUCAACAUAAUCAAGGUAAAAUUCUCAAAGCAAGAGACGAGAUGAAAAAUCAUAAUAAUAAUAAUAAUAAGCCAUCAAAUCAGAAUGAAGAGAAAAAAAUUGAACACGACUUAAAACAACCGAGCACAUCAAAAGCGGAGGAUCUUCAGGAAAUAAUUUUAGCUCUCGAGGGUAAACAAAUGCGAAUAAUGCAAUUGGAAAAAAUGUUAAAACAAAUGGAGGAACAACAGGAUAGAGCACAAGCACAAAGAAUACGUUUAGAGAGUCGAAUUGCACAAUUAGAAAUGUCAGCUAAAGAAAAAACAAAUCGGAGCAAAACGUUCAGUAUCCUGUAAGGAAUUUUUUCAUCAAAAACAAAAAUUUGUCCAAAUUUUAUGUAAAAUUUUAUCUUGUUUUGUUGUUAAAAUAAUGAUGAAUUAACCGCGUGCAAUUUGGGGAAAAAGUUUUUUUUGUGCGUGUUUUUUUUUAAUGAAUGUUUAUAAAAGUUUUAUUUGUAGUGGCUUUUAUUUUAUAUGCAUUCUUACAAAAAAAAAAAAAAUAAAUAAAUGUAAUAUUUUUAAAAACAUGCUUUUCGUUAUUUUGAUUAAUAUUUCUUGUUAAUUUGUUCGAUUUUUCAUUUUCUCGUUCUAUUUUUAUUUUUUUUUUUGCAUUUUAUUUCGUCGAAAUUUAAUCCUAAUUCGUGUAUGCAUUCAAAAAUUCUUCAUAAGUUAUUUCAUCUAUUAAUUAUUAACAUUUUUUUAUUUUAUUAUUACUUAAAUUUGUAAUAAUUUUUAUUUUUAUAAUUUUAUUACCAAAAAUUUCGAUUGAAC